AGUCAAUCCCGCACGGCCACCUAGUAUCGUAUAUCUUUCGUGCAUUCUUUUAAUUUACCUGCAGUUCCGUUCCGAAUAACACAAUUAGAUCAAUCAGUUCGGUUAAAUAUUGCCCCUUCGCUGGCGCAGGAGAACGUAGAGCACGGAAAAACCUCUGGUGCUCGGCAUUUUUUAUAUUUGCCGCACGGUGCGACUUUCACUUUUUACAAUUCGCACAAGAAAAACAACAACGAAAGCAGCAGUAGCAAAAAACAACAACAACAAGGGCAGCCAGCAGCAACAAAAAAAGAGACGAAGACGAAGAGCGAUGAGUAUGGAAUAUACCAGAGCGGACAACAUCAGGCCACAGAGUGCAGCGAGAAUUGUUUAAGAAAUCGGUGGAUUGCACGGCAAAUGCUAAGCGAAAUAACAAUAACAAACCAGCACAACAGGGCCGCCUGUGUGUGUGUGAGUAAGCGGUAGAGAGUGUGUGUUCGUGUGAAUGCGUUCCAGCGAGAGUGCAAUUGUGUGUGUGAGUACAUUGAGUACAUUUUUGGCCCGAAAACUUUGUGUGUGUACGUGGUUUGGAUUGGAUUCGCUACCGAAUUGGGUCAGCUCGUAGAAAUCCACCAUGGAGAGCAGGACCCAAAUAAAUCAGCCAAAUCAGCAGCAACAGCAGCAGCAGCAGAGGAAUCGCCUGCCCUCGUCGCCAAGUCCACCGCUGAGCGUAAAUCUUAGCGGCGGACCGAAUGCAAAUACCACCUUGAUGGGCUUGGAGCAGGAUGCUGGGCUUCCGUCGCAGCUGGGCAGGAAUAACAACAAUGGGAGCGGAGGUGGAGGGCACCACCGUAGCCACAGCAUCACCAAUGCUGCGGCCACAUCCUUUGUGAAUCUCCUGGACGGAUUUACGGCUCGGGUCUCCACCGCGGUGAGCGUAGCAGGUGGCACCAGUGCAUCCAACAUGCUGAUGGACCGUAGCAGCCAGAGUGCCGCUAGUACACCAGGAUCAACUCACUCUAUAGCCAGCCUCACCAGCAUGGGCUCGCUAGGCACCACGGCCAAUGCUCUGUACUCCUCCAUUGGAAGUGCUCUCAACUCCAUCACCUCACCCAUCCAAGCAGCUGCUGCUGCGGCCACGGCUACAACCACCGAAGUGGUGGUGGCGGCCGCCUCUGUGAUCACCAACCACCUCAGCUCACCCACCAGCGGCACUCCGCCUCACGGCCUGGAUUCUGACGAAGGCGAGCAUGACGAUUGCGACGAUUGUGAAGAAGAUGAAGACGAUCCAGUAGACAACGAUGGGCACAUUGCCGCGCCUACACCCAACAAAAGCUGGGCCGAAAACAAGAUGGUGGUGCAGGAGAUGCGCAAAAAGAUGUGCACCCUGUCCGCCAUGGUGCCCACCAAUGUGCAGUUUCGCCAUCUGUCUGACGGUCGCGCCAGGUGCUACUUCUUGGGUACUCCGGCACAGAGUUGGGAAACUACUCUGCUCUUUGCAGACAUCAACCUACCGCAGACGGAAGAGCAGCAACUGUUGAUACAGCGCGUUGAGGCAAGCGAGUCAGUUGCCGGGAGUCCCACUUUAAGUGCAGGUUCUCCCACGAGCAGCAGCCAGCAGAAUGCCUUCCUAUUUAAUUCGCUGUCCAAGCCUAGACUCCCGUGGAGUCCACUAUUGCAGCAACCUAUUCAAAGUAGUGGAGGCAGUGGAUCGGCUAGUCCCUAUGCCCGGGAGUACCAACUGCUGCAGGAGCGCAAACGCCUCUCCACCUGGGGCAUUAACUGCUACGAAUUGCACAAGCCAUCGGGCAAAUUGGUAUUUCCCUGCUUCAACAACCUUUACCAAUGUCUGGACACAGGAUACAAUUCUGGACUGCUGUUUCCCACGCAGUUACGCACCUGCCCACAAUGGACGGCUUUGGAUCCACAGAUUUGCCCACAGAACUCGGACAUGAUAGCCUACAUCAGCGACUGCGAUCUAUUCGUCACUCACACGUUGAGCGGGCACGAAAAGCGUCUCACAUACACGUCCACCGGACGUCACUCAUAUGUGGAAGAUGUAUUGAGCGCCGGCGUGCCCUCAUACGUAAUGCAGGAGGAAUUUAGCCGGUACCAGGGCUUUUGGUGGCAGCCUCAUUCCAAUGACGGAAUCUACCGCAUUGUCUACGAGGAGGUCGAUGAAUCAGAGGUCUCAGUGUAUACGUUUCCCUCGUCCACUGCUGUUCACGGAAGAGUUGACGAAUACCGUUUUCCGCGCACCGGUAGCCCCAACGCCAAGUCAAAGCUCAAGCUCGUCCAGUUCGUGCUGAACGAGGCACUGCAGGUCAGCGAGAUUGCCAUCAAGGAUUUGCCGUAUCCCCUAUCGGCCGUCUUCAGCUGGCUAGAGUAUAUUGUGCGCGUCGGUUGGACACCGGAUGCCAAAUACGUAUGGGUGCAAGGACUGGAUCGGAAGCAACAGCAUCUGGAUGUAAUCCUUAUACCACUAGAUAACUUUUGUGAGUCCUAUAGCAGUCAGGUAUCUACGCCAACCGACUCCAUAGACGACCACAGCUGGCGCAGCCUUUAUAGUCGCACAAUCACACCGCUGCAGGUUAUAUACACGGAACGCUCGGAAAGCUGGAUAAACGUGCACGAUAUGCUGCACUUUCUGGAGAUAACGGAAACGAGCGUCACCUUCCUAUGGGCAUCUGAGGAGACAGGUUUUCGUCAUCUUUAUUUGAUCACAGCCAGCUUGUUAUUGAGCCAAGCAAAUGGACAGGCAGAUUCAGGAUUGGCUUCUGCACAGCCCAGUUUCGUGGAACAAUCGGCACUGCAGCCACGUAUUCUGAACAAGGUGGCUUUGACCAGCGGAGAAUGGGAGGUGCUGGCCAAAAAUCUCUGGGUAGACAAGGUCAACAAGCUGGUGUACUUUGUCGGACUACGCGAUACACCGCUGGAGAAGCACCUCUACGUUGUUAGUCUGGACCGACCAGAACACAUCCGCCUUCUCACGGAACCAGGAUACUCAUACCUAGUGGAGUUCGAUGAUCAAUGCCAGUUGAUGCUGCUGGUUUACUGCAAUAUCCAGCGGCUGCCCAGUUGCAAGGUGAUGCGCGUUAAUCAAACAUGCUCAAACGGCGGAGUCAAUGGCAUCCAGAUAUCACUUGUUGGAUAUCUUCAUGAAGGUGGAAAGCCGGAGCCGCAGUACUGCCCCCAAAUAUUCCGACCCCAAUUACCGUCUGGAGAUAUCGUUUACGCUAUGGUCUUUAAGCCUCAUCAUUUUGAGCUGGGUGUUAAGUAUCCCACGGUGCUCAAUGUUUACGGAGGACCAGAGGUGCAAACCGUGAACAACACAUUUAAGGGAAAACAACAAUUGCGUCUGCAUAUGCUGGCUGCUCAGGGAUAUUGUGUCAUCUGCAUCGACUCGAGAGGAUCACGACAUCGAGGCAAACGAUUCGAGAGCCACAUCCGCGGCCGGAUGGGUCAGGUUGAGCUGACCGACCAGGUGGACGCUUUGCGCAUCUUGGCCGAUCAGUUGGGCUACAUUGAUAUGGAUCGCGUGGCCAUUCAUGGAUGGUCUUACGGAGGCUAUCUGAGCCUGAUGGGACUGGUACAGUAUCCGAAAAUCUUCAAAGUGGCCAUUGCCGGAGCGCCAGUCACAAACUGGGAGUAUUACGAUACAGGGUACACGGAACGAUACAUGGACUUACCACAGAACAACGAGGCCGGUUACACAGCGGGGUCGGUGCUUGAAUACGUGAACUCUUUUCCCGAAGAGGACAAGCGAUUGCUGCUCAUUCAUGGCCUGAUCGAUGAGAACGUGCACUUCUGCCAUACUUCUCGGCUGAUCAGUGCUUUGAAUAAGGCCAACAAACCGUACGAGGUGCAUCUGUUUCCGGAGGAGCGGCAUUCGUUGCGUAAUCUGGAAUCAAAUAAAAAUUACGAGACGAAAUUACUGUCAUUUUUGCAAAACUUAUGAGAUUCGUAAAUGUCGACGGCCGAAACAAGAUCGCUUGCUAAGGCAAACCAACUAUCCCCGCCCUCGCACCUUUGCAAUAGUUUUUUUUAAUCAUUGUCCUUGUUUUUAUUUAACUUUUUGUUGUUCAAACGCCUGUUUUUAUUAGAUAAAGAAAAUGAGAGCAAAAGAAAUUUGUAUCAUAUUUUUAGCAUACUUAAUUUAUAUACAUACGCAGUUGUAAGUAUAAUGAAAAGUUGAAUGAAUGAAAGUUUUUCCAUACCAAUAUUUCGACCCUAUAUUAGACUCUCCAGACCAAGCAGCUUACUGUAAUUAAUUUAUACUUUAUAUUUUCCACAAAUCAUACUCUUAAUUAAGUUGUAAUUGUUUUUAAUUUGCGCAAAUGUACAUUUCUCCUAUCUCUAAUUAUAAGUUGUAUUUUAGUGCGUCUGUACGAAUAUGUGUGAUUGUCUGCGUAAGCGUUUCCCCAAAAAUGGAAGAAAAAUUACCUUAAACUUGUCAUGCCUUUGGGGCAGGCCAUCAAUUACUGUUAGUUCUACGCAUGCAUAAAAGAUAUAUCUCUUCGAUAAACCAUUAGCAAGACAUAUACAUACUUGAAUGAGUUUUUAGAAACCAACGUUUGGCUGAAGCAACAAAAACUGAAUAAAAUUUAAUAUUAAUUAUGCCUAUAUAUAAUCAUUAGUUUUACAAGUGAUACAUGCAAACGUAUAUAUAUAUAUUUUGUUUAACAAUUAAAUAAACAGUUGUGUGUAA